AUGUUCAUCUUAACCACUAUUUCGGAUCUGAUCCAGAUCGCCCCGGAGGACUUUUACAAGCUCAGCGCCGUUGCUAUUGAAGACAAUAUCAAUGAAAAAUACGCCAACAAGGUGAUCCAAAAGAUCGGCUUGUGUAUCAGCUUCUAUGAUCUUUUGGAGUCAUCGGACGGCCUGAUUGGUCAUGGAACAGGUCUUGUUAAUGUCAACGUCAAAUUUCGCAUGAUCGUCUUCCGCCCCUUCAAGGGCGAAAUCUUGCUGGGCAAGAUCUCGAGUGGUACCGAGCACGGUAUCAAAAUCAGCGUUGAGUUCUUCAAUGACAUUCUCAUCCCUCCACCGAUGCUCAUGGACGGGGCCAAAUUCGAUUAUGCGGAUCAAGUCUGGACUUGGGAUAACGACGGCACCUUGUUCUACUUGGACGUGGGUGAAAUCGUCCGUUUCCGCGUAGAGACGGAAGAAUGGCACGAUCAGAUCCCCAAUGCGCCAGAUUUGGGCGAAGAGAUGGUCACCGAGCGGAAGCCUGCAUACUCAAUUUUUGGCUCGAUGCAGAUCCACGGUCUCGGACCAAUCACUUGGUGGUGA